AAAUCGAAGAAAUUAAAUAAGCCGAAAAGAGGAGAAAAGUUUUGGCGACGCAACGUUAUUUCAAUCAGUUUGUUGCGGGGUCGGUUCGCAAACGGUUGUGCAGGUCUAACGUAUUUAACCAGUUCCACAAUAGUUCUGAGUAAGAUUGGCUGUGCGUGUGUGCGUCCAACAGACACCAAAAAAUGUAUCACUUAAAGAAUUUGGCCCGUCAGGCAGCGGUGCGUCAGCAAGAAGUUGCUACUUUGGUUAAGGUUUUGCCAACCGCAGCCCUACAGUCUCGGGGAUAUGCUGAAUAUCAAAUACCCGAUCGUUUAAAAACUGUGCCCACUGCCAAGGAUCCACGUUUCUUCGACAUGGUAGAAUACUUCUUCCAUCGUGGGUGCCAAAUUGCUGAAAACCGUCUUAUUGAUGACAUGAAAGGCAAACUGUCGCUGGAAGAAAAGAAAAAUAGGGUCAAGGGUAUUCUUAUGCUUAUGCAACCAUGUGACCACAUCAUCGAAAUUGCGUUUCCACUGCGUCGAGAUUCAGGAGAAUACGAACUCAUUACCGGUUACCGUGCUCAGCAUAGUACCCACCGUGUGCCCACUAAAGGCGGUAUUCGUUUCUCUUUGGAUGUUUCACGUGAUGAAGUCAAAGCCUUGUCGGCACUAAUGACAUUUAAGUGCGCCUGUGUCGAUGUACCAUUUGGUGGUGCCAAGGCUGGACUCAAGAUCAACCCCAAAGAGUACUCCGAACAUGAAUUAGAGAAGAUUACCCGCCGUUUCACCCUUGAGUUAGCGAAGAAAGGCUUCAUUGGACCCGGUGUUGAUGUGCCAGCACCGGAUAUGGGUACGGGAGAGCGUGAAAUGUCCUGGAUUGCCGACACAUAUGCCAAAACGAUUGGCCAUUUAGAUAUCAAUGCACAUGCUUGUGUAACUGGUAAACCUAUCAACCAGGGUGGUAUCCAUGGGCGUGUAUCAGCGACGGGUCGUGGUGUUUUCCACGGUCUGGAGAACUUUAUCAAUGAAGCCAACUACAUGAGCAUGAUUGGCACCACUCCCGGCUGGGGCGGCAAAUCUUUCAUUGUGCAAGGUUUCGGUAAUGUCGGUUUGCACACUUGCCGUUACUUGACCCGUGCUGGUGCCACCUGUGUUGGCAUUAUUGAGCACGAUGGCUCCAUCUACAAUUCGGAGGGUAUUGAUCCUAAGGAAUUGGAAGAUUACAAGAACGAACACGGCACCAUUGUCGGUUUCCCGAAAGCUAAGGCCUACGAGGGUGAGAAUUUGAUGUUUGAACCAUGUGACAUCUUCGUGCCAGCUGCUGUUGAGAAAGUCAUCACCAGCGAGAAUGCACACAAGAUCCAAGCUAAGAUCAUUGCCGAGGCUGCCAACGGUCCUACCACUCCAGCAGCCGAUAAAAUUUUAAUUGAACGCAACAUUUUGGUUAUUCCCGAUUUGUACAUAAACGCCGGUGGUGUAACCGUAUCAUUCUUCGAAUGGCUGAAAAACUUAAACCACGUCUCUUACGGACGUUUGACCUUCAAAUAUGAACGCGAAUCCAACUAUCAUCUGCUUGCCUCAGUCCAACAAUCCAUUGAACGAUUUGUUUUAGACGAAUCUGUUCAAGAAUCCCUGGAACGUCGUUUCGGUCGUGUCGGUGGCCGUAUCCCAGUCACUCCCUCGGAAGCAUUCCAGAAGCGAAUCUCUGGUGCAUCUGAGAAGGAUAUCGUACACUCUGGUUUGGACUACACAAUGGAGCGUUCGGCACGUGCCAUCAUGAAGACCGCUAUGAAAUACAACUUGGGCUUGGAUUUGAGAACUGCAGCUUAUGUGAAUUCCAUUGAGAAGAUAUUCACCACAUACCGCGACGCUGGCUUGGCUUUUUAAGUAAUAUGCAAUGCAUGGGAUGCGACAAAAUAUCACCUAAUUAGAAUUAUAAGCAACCAGUUGAGCAAAUGGUACAGUGGAGGCACAUCAUUUAAAUAAUAAUUAAAAUACGCAAUAAAUAAAAAUAAUAAAUUCACUCGCUUAAAAAAAGAAACAAAAAGCAUUCAUGAAUAUUUAAACUAUCAUAAAUUUUAUUCAAUGUGAAUCGAAUCAUCAAUUUCAAUUAUUUAAAUCUUAAUUAUUCGUAAAAAGAGAUAUAAAACAAUGUCAACGUCCUGCCAUUCGUCUCAAGUUUUAACAACAUGCGUACAUAAUUACAGAUGUGCAUACAUAUAGCACACUUUUGAUUAGUUAGUGUCCGAAUAUACAUACAUAUGUAUUAAAAUAUGUACGAAAGUGACGCAUACAUUAUUGACAUUUCGCCACCGCUUUGGUGCUAAGCCGAUAAUCAAUCAGGAACUCGCUAUCAACUUAUGAUGUUAUCUAAUGACUAUUAAAUGUGUAUAAAUAUGCUUGCUGUAAUUUAUUUUACAAACUAAGAAACAUCCGAACAACUGUAUUAAACUUAAUUCAUGUUUUAUUCCGUUUUUAAAUAGUCCCGUUUUGUUUUAUAAAUUUAAGUUUGAAAUGUGAAGCAAAUGCAUUUUAUUGUAAAUUGACUUAUGAAAAUAAAAGAGAUUGGAAUAUAAGAAAUCAUGAGCUGUAUUGCCGUAAAUUUUUAAUCCUUACAAUAAAACAAAAUAAUACAUAAAUAUCUUAAACAA